GGAUCUUCUCGUUCUUCGAAUGUUUCUUUCACAAUUUCGUUAUAUUUUUUCUGGAUUUAGCAGGAAAACCAUGUCAACUGAUUCUCUUAUUGGUCUUAUUAAUAAUUAUUUACUAUUCUUUAGUUAACUACGAUAAAACUAUGGAUAUGACAGAGACAGGCUACGAUUAUUUACGUCCUAGAGCGAAAAAACUACGUCAUAACUUAUCGUUGUUGGUACGAGAAGUUAACGAGUCAAGAGAUCCCGGUGAACUCCCACCUGUAUAUCCGAAUGGAUGGAUACCUUUAAUGGAAUCUAGAAAUCUUGCAAUUGGCCAAUCUGCACCCGUAACUGCCUUAGGUCAUCAAUUUGCAAUCUUUCGUGGUAAAACUGGUCAGAGCUUCGUUUUGGAUGCCUUCUGUCCUCAUUUAGGAGCUCAUUUAGGGGUGAAAAGUAAAGUAUACGGUGAUUGCGUGCAAUGCCCCUUUCACGGUUGGUUAUUUUCUGGUAAAGAUGGCUCCUGUCAGAAAAUACCUUAUACUGAUAAAGUUCCAGAAUUUGCUAAAGUUAAAACCUGGACUUCACUUGAACAGAAUGGUUUUAUAUACGUUUGGCAUCACGCGGAGGGUCAUCCACCAUCUUGGAAACCUCCCAUAAUUCCAGAGAUCGAGCAAGGAUUGUGGAGUUAUAAAGGUCGUACGCAAUAUACAGCGAAUUGUCACAUACAAGAAUUAGCGGAAAAUGGAGCCGAUAUAAUGCAUUUUAAUAUCCUUCAUCAAGCUAGUAUUUUUUCUGGUAGUAAUUUUCAUCCAGAUAACUGGUGGAAUUUUUGUAAACAUAUCUGGUCGUCUUCUUGGAAGGAAGAUUCCCAACCAAAUCAACAUAUGACAACCAUGAAAAUCACUAAUCGUAUAAAAAUUUUUGGGAUCUCUUUACCUUGGUUUUCUGCUUCAAUGGACGUAAAACAGAUCGGUCCAGCAAUAGUACAUGCGUACAUCACGAGCAUAUUCGGAAGUGGAAUACUCCUUCUAUGUACCACUCCCGAACGUCCUUUACAACAGAAGAUCGUCCACCAUUAUUACGGACCUAGAUUUUCACAGAUAUAUGCCAGCAUUAUACUAUUAUUUGAAGCCAAAAUGAUUGAGCGAGACAUUCUCGUGUGGAAUAACAAAAAGUUCUUAAAGGCACCGCUUUUAGUUAAAGAAGAUCAGUUAAUAUUGAGGUAUAGAAGAUGGUAUUCACAGUUUUAUAGCGAAAAUAGCCCAAGACUAACUAAGAAGACCUUAAGUUGGUGAAAUACAACCAACUUGUUUCAAUAGAUUUUUAAAUAAUAAGAGUCAUAUUUUUGUAAUAAAAUCUACCCCUGUA